CCCGGCUCCUCCCGCCGCCGCCGGGCGCAGGGGGGAUCCGGCCGAGCCGAGCCGAGCCGAGCCUGGCGGCUCCGCCACGGCCCGUCCUCCGGCCCCGCUCCCGAAAUGCCAUUCUCCUGAGUGUGUAAGGAACCUACAGAACUGUAAUGUCUAACCCUACAUGGAGUAACAACUCUUGGAAGUUUUUUGGGCUGUACCUGACUCUGUGCAAAACUUAAAUCGGCUGCAGCUCCUUCUGCUAAGGAUCAGCCUUGGUACAGAAACAGUGGUAGUUAAAAGGCAUUUUUAGGUGGCAGAGACACGGUGAAGCUGAGUGUGGGGCAGGCAGAGCUGAUGGGGGAGCCUGGGGUGUAGCCCAGGAUGGACUGGCUGUGACGAGGACGUGCCUUAGCCGGAGAGGUCGUUACCAUGAAGAGUUCCUGCAGAGCUGGCCUCCACAGGGAACCGCUGAAUUCCACAUCCUCCACCUUCCAUCAGGUCAAACGGGUUUCUGGUAUGCACUUAAAGCCAUAUCUCAAGUUACAGAAGAAAGAGCGAUCCCCAGAAAUAAGCCAGGAUUCCCUUCGAGGCCACCAGGGACCAGCACAAGGAGAAAAACUCACCAACUGCACCAAACUGAGCGUUUUCCCAAAACCCUCCCUGGUGGCUCCAUCUCAAAAGCUUCUGGGGAUUAUUUAUCCAAAUACUAUGUGCAAUAUGAACGGGAAAGGCCCGGCAGAUGCUCCGAGUGCAAGGGAGAAGAAGAACGCCCUGUCUGCCACGAUCCACCAGGGAGAAGAAGGGGAAGGACCUCUGGAUGUGUGGGCUGUGGUGAAACCUGGCAACACCAAGGAGAAAAUCGCCUUCUUCGCAGCCCAGCAGUGCAGCAGCAGCACCCGCACGGGCUCCAUGAAAAUCAAGAGCACGUGGGACAUCGACGGGAGAACGGCCAAACGCAGGAAAAAAUCGGUGGAUCUUAAAAAAGCCAAAAUCCAACUGGAAAGAAUGAGGGAGGCCAACUCCAGGUGCUCCCAGCCGGAGCCUUUCGCCUGCGGCAUCGAGCACUGCUCGGUGCACUCGGGCAGCGAUGGCACCGAGGGCGCGUUCCCGGGCCGCUCGCUGUCCGUCAUAGAGAUGGUGGCUUUCCUGGAGCAGCGGGCCAGCGCCCUGCUGGUGGACUGUGCCAAGACCUGCACGGCCACCAGGCUGAGCUCCCAGCCCAGGGCCACCCUGCCCAGCCCCGAGCCCUUGUCCCCGGGCGGGGCGUGCGACGCGGAGCCGCAGGGCGAGCCCGUGCGCGUGCUGGACAUGGUGGCCAGGCUGGAGUCCGAGUGCCUGAGGCGGCAGAGCGAGGCCGGGAGCCUCUCCCGCAACAACAGCUUCCGCAGGAACGUGGGCAGGGUGCUCCUGGCCAGCGGCACCCAGCCCGAGGGGGACGUGGGCAAGGGGGUCCCGCCCCAAGGGGAGGCAGGGGUGGCAGAGGCCGGGUAUGGAGGUCGCUGUGACACCGAGCUGUGGGAUGGCGCUGCCUCUGCCCAGCAGCCGUUUCCUUCGGGGCUGGAUACCCGGGCGGGGAAUGUGAAUUCGGGACUUGCCCAGGCGGUGUUGGCCAUGACAGCUGGCAGGAAUGACCCUGAAACACGGAUUGAGCCCCCCAGGGCCCUGCUGGCCCCGUGUCCCGCUGCUGCCAGGCUGCCGCCGGAUCCCUUGCAGAGCAAGAACGCGACUGUUGAUUGUACGUCGAAAGAGCCUGUAAUUUUCCCAAAGCAUCCUGCUAGGAAGGAGCCCUUGUGCAUCAGUAUAUCAGUCACCAAGACAGAGGAAGGGUGCAGGAAGGAGAAGCUCUCCGGUUCUGCUGAGGAUUCACUCCCAGGGAGGCUGUUUUUCCUCCAGGGUGAGCAGCCUGCUGCUCACGAGCAACAGCCACGGCGGGAGGGUCCCCAGGAGAAGCCAGGGGAGGUAGCCCAAAAUGAGGAUGAGGAUGCUCUGGCAUCUGGUAGAUCAUGUGUCGGAAGCAGUGUCCCUACAGAGCCAUCAGCCCCUUCUGUCCCUGCCACAGAAGGGGCUUUGCAAGUACUUGAUGCCUCCUGCCUAAAGCGGCAGGUUUCCCAUGACUUUCUGGAGACCAGGUUUAAAAUCCAGCAGCUUUUGGAGCCUCAGCAGUACAUGGCCUUCUUGCCUCACCACAUCAUCGUGAAGAUCUUUGGGUUGCUUCCCACCAGGAGCCUGGUUGCCCUAAAAUGCACUUGCUACUACUUCAAGUUCAUCAUUGAGUACUACAACAUCAGGCCGGCGGACUCGCGCUGGGUGCGCGACCCUCGCUACCGGGAGGAUCCCUGCAAGCAGUGCAAGAAGAAAUACGUCAAGGGGGACGUGUCCCUGUGCAGGUGGCACCCCAAGCCCUACUGCCAGGCUCUGCCCUACGGGCCUGGCUACUGGAUGUGCUGUCACCGCUCCCAGAAGGGCAUCCCUGGCUGUAAGCUGGGUCUCCAUGACAAUCACUGGGUCCCCGCCUGCCACAGCUUUAACCGCGCCAUCCAUAAGAAAACCCGAGGAGCUGGAGCAGAGGUGGAAGAGGAAUAUUAGUGCACAAACACUUUCCUGCAAGAUUGAGAUUGUUUGGGAGAGGAGGAGGAGGAGAUUCUCAUGCCUUGUGCUGUUUACAGUGUAUAUAAUUGUCGUGAUUUUUUUUUUCCACAGGGCUAUGAAACUGCACAUACUCAAACACAAGAGCCUUUACCUUUUAGAUUAAAAGAGAGCUUUUAGUCCAUCUCUGUAAAUAACACUAUAAAAACUAAUUGUACAUACAGAGUCUACAGCUGGCUGAACAAGGUAACCCCUACAAUGCAGCUAUCCCAGUGUUGCGGCUAUAGGUGUGUGUGUUUUUAAGUGUCUUGUUUCAAAAUCUGUAUAUCCUGUAUAAUAUAUGAAUGUUUCUGAGAAGAAACUCUAAAUAGGUAAAGGUCAACUUGUUUAAAGAAGCUGCAGACAACUUAACUGGACAACCUGAAACUUAGACUAUAGAACAGAUCCAUUAUAGUAGCGUGGCAGUGGAUUAAAAAAAGAAAAGAGAGGAAUAUUAUUGUAUAGUCAGAAUAUAAAAAAAGUUCUUGUCUACCUUA